AUGAAUGCAGAAUUUUAUUACUAUAGUAAACGGCAAGUGACAAAUAUAACACGCGGUUUAAUAAACACUGCGGGAGUACAUGUCUACCAGUCUUUGCUGCUACUUCCACAUGCUUGGCAGAAACAGCAAAUUCCAUUUAAAAAUAAUAUAGAAAGAAGUGUAAGACUAGAAAAGCAGAUACAUCAAUGGACAAUUAAUACCUCAAAACUUACAAGUCUAGACAAACAAGGUCAAUUAUCAUAUGGCAGUGAUAUGGAAGAACUGUUUAAAGGUGAUAAGGGAUCUAGAGGCAAAGCGGGUGCUAAUGGUAAUCAAGGCAACGCUAGUGAAAAAGGAGAGAAAGGUGAAAGAGGCGACAAUGGACUUAUAGGACCAAUUGGCAGACAGGGCGUUAAAGGCGAAAAAGGAAACAAUGGUUUUGUAGGAUCAAAAGGUCAAAUUGGAGAUAAAGGAACAAUUGGUGAAAAGGGAUCAACAGGGAUAAAAGGUCGAAACGGAGAAAAAGGCAUAAAAGGCAAAAAUGGACCAAUGGGAGAUAGAGGCGUAACAGGCGAAAAAGGAUCAAUGGGAGAUAAAGGCGUAACAGGCGAAAAUGGACCAAAUGGAGAUAAAGGAACAGUUGGUGAAAAAGGACCAACAGGGAAGAAAGGACCAAUUGGAGAAAAAGGCGAAAAAGGAACAAUCGGAGAUAAAGGCCCAGAUGGUGCAAAAGGUCUAGACGCAGAAAAGGGUGUAGCUGGCGUUAAAGGUACAGAGGGUCAAAAGGGUUCAAAGGGCGAGAUGGGAUCAUCUGGCAUAAUUGGUCCUACCGGAAACAAAGGUGUAAAUGGUACAAAGGGAGUCACUGGUGUUAAAGGUCAAAUGGGGGAAACUGGACUACCUGGCUUGAAAGGUGAACACGGCGAAAAGGGUAUCAAUGGAGACAUGGGUACUACAGGACAGAAAGGAGCAGGUGGGGAAAAGGGCGAAAAGGGAAGUGUUAGAGAACCAGCUAAGAAAGUGGCCUGUGGAUCUGGUUGGGGUCGGUUUAUGGGAAGUUGUUAUAACUUUCAAUUGAAUUCAAAAAAGACAUGGAAUGAAGCAAAAUUCGCGUAA